UAUCUAGUAUUACAUUAUUCUACAAAUUAUCUAGUAUUGAGCAGUUCAGUUAUUAUGUAGUAAGUACAAAGACAUACUAACUUAUCACAAGAAUAAUCUGUUUGAUUUAUGUUGAACUUCAGAGGUUUUGUUUGGUUGCUUCUGUAAUACCCGAUAAACCUCUGAAGUUGUGUAAAUGAUAGAGUGAUAUUAUUUACUAUCAGAGCAUGUAUAUUUUCACUGUGCCAUUUACAUAGAUGACGCCGGUUUAAUUUGUCAAAUCAAUAUAGGUUUGGCAAGUUCAUCAGUACCUACACACUUUAAAACCCAAGUUUUAUGCGUAAUCGUACGAAUUAUAUAUGCCUUAUAUAUGUAUGUGCCCAGAGUAUUCUACAGAAAUGCUUUAAAAUAAUAAUUAACCACUAGUACAUUUAAACUCCUACGCUCAAGCUUAAGCGAGUAUUACGAAGCGAUGACCCAUGAAAUCUCAGCGCUGGUUUUGGCGACACGUUCUCGCGUCGACCGGCUAGUUCGUCGCAAGUCGUGGCCUCGCGAGUCGCGGCACCGGCAGUCAUAUGCUGGUCGCUCGAGCCAUCACAUCGCGGUCACUGGCACCAUGGCAUAAUACCUUAGCCGAAACCAUGGUGAAUUAAAAGUUAAGAGAAGAAGCGGGAAAAUGAUAUUUCUUUUUCGAAAUUUCAAUUUCGAAUGUUGGAAAGGAACAAAUUAUUAAAUUAAAAAGUUUUAGAAGUUUAAGAAAAUGAAGAUAACAUCACUUAUUAACGACUUUUAUGAACUAGUUAAGAGGCGUAUUUAUUUGGUAUUGUGGAUCUCAUUAGUAUUGUAUCUUUUUUAUGAUACCUAUAUUUAUUACAAGCUUGGACAACAGUUUCAUUAUUUAAGAAGAAUAUUAGGGUUAGGACUAUGCAUAUCCCGUGGCACUGCGACUGUUAUAAAUUUAUGUUGCGCCCUGGUGUUGCUGCCUAUUUGCAAGAAGUUAAAUCAAUUGCUGUACAGGGUCUUAUCAAGAUUAUGGCCUGGUCUAUUCUUUUUUUGGCUAGAAAAAGCUAAGAGCUUUCACAUGACUGUUGCCAUAACUCUUCUAGUAUUUGCAGUCGUACAUUCCAUUUCUCACUUGGUGAACUUGUGGAAUUUCUCCAGAGGGUACGACCAACAAUACGCCGAGAUUAAUUUCGCCAGCUACCAGAAUGAGAAUCCCCUACGCUUACUAUUAAGUACAGCUGGUUUGACAGGCAUAUCCAUGCUUAUCAUCAUAUUGUGUAUGGGCCUAACGUCGACGAGAAUCGUUCGCAGGAGAGUGUACAAUGCAUUCUGGUACACACAUCAGUUGUACCUGUUGUUUAUUGUGCUACUUAUUAUACAUCCUUUGAGCGGUAUCUUAAAGGAAGAGGUAAAAGAAAACGAAACUAGUCUGAAUUUUAGUCAAAACGAGAAUACUCCAAAAUUCGAAGCUAUCAAAUCGAAGACUUGGCUGUGGAUGUCUUUGCCUCUGACUUGUUAUAUUUUAGAUUUACUGUGGCGAAUCUGUACCCGAAAUAGAGCGAGAGUUAACAUCCUUUAUGUGAGUCACAUGGCGGGUCGCACCAUAAGCCUGACGUUAAGCUGUCCGCAAGACUUCAAGUGCCGCUCUGGGCAAUACGUGUUGUUGCAAUGUUUGGACGUCUCGCUCAUCGAGUGGCAUCCCUUCACCGUCGUCAAGGUUCCUACGUCAUACCAAAGAAGCUUCGUAGUAUGGAUUAGAGUAAAAGGAGAUUGGACUGAAUCAUUCGAGAAAUUAUUGUUGGCGAGAAAAUCCAGUGAACUGAGUAUAUUAGUGGAUGGUCCAUUUUCAAGUCCAAUGCAAAGUGUGUGUCACAGCGGAGUCGCGAUUUGCGUAGCCGCCGGCGUCGGGAUCACACCGUUCGUUACCGUGUUGCAUGACAUGUUGCAAACUCCGCGCAACCAUUUGCCUGGCAGAAUCCACCUUCUCUGGAUAGUAAGAAACGAACGGGAGCUAACCUGGCUCGCCGGUCUCGCAAACAAAACUAUGUUAGAACUACGUAACGCAAACCGCCCAGAUAGACUGCACUUAGAAUUUUACGUGACCAACACACAAAACGAACUCAAACAUAUUAAAGAAGAAAGAUCUCCUCUCGCACAUAUGAUUGUGAUGAACGAGAAAGGUUUAUCUCACGUUAUAACUAGAAAUAAAGAUGAGGAGAGAGUGACUCUACUCACUCCUAAUCUGAAAAGAAAUGCUAGCGUUGAGAAAGCUGGCACACAGGAAGAUAUUAAUUAUAAUUUAGCAAAAGAAUAUCCCUUGCUUGGCUGCAGGGUUAGACGAGGGAGACCGCAUUGGGACCGAGUUUUUGGAUAUUGGGUACAUUUAUAUCCUGGGGAACAUUUAAGCCUUUUUUGCUGUGGACCAAAGAAAUUAGUAAAAUUAUUAAGAAGUAAAUGCAAAAAUGCUUCGAAUACUAGUAAAACUAAGUUUACAUUUAUACACGAAGGUUUCUCGUAAUCACUGACUUUGUAAUUAUUUAUUAUGAAUACAAUGUGUUUAUUAAGAGGAUAAAUUGUUUCAUUUUACCACAUUUAAAAAAAUAAAUUGUCUGCGAAUGGAGAUUGAAAAUAAUUAUUUGUAACCGUGUCUUAAAAUAAUGGCAGUAAAACAAUGGGGAGAACACAAGAAAUAUAGGAAAAGGGCCUUU